UUUUUUUUCUCUCUCUAUUGUAUUCCUCUUUGUUCCACAACAAAAUUCCAUAGCAUAUUCUUCAUUGUUACACCUUCCUUUGUAUAUAUAUAUAAACUUCUACUUCCUUUUUUUUUUCUAAAAAAGAAUCGCUUGUAAUGGCACAGGUGAAUAAUAGUGGUAGUAGCAGUAGGGCAAAUAGUCCUCCUCAUACCCCAAGUCGUUCUAGAUCCAACAGUAUUAUGAGAGGUUUAUUGGAAUCUCCCGCUUUAAAUCCUCAACAACCUACUCCUACCAGAAGAAAUACCACCAAUGAUAAUCUUUUAUCUCGUUUGCCCAGUCUUCAUCAUCAUCACCAUCACGAAGAAUCUCCUUUAUCUGCUCAAUCCUUGAACCAACUCUCCGAUGCCCAGUUAUCAAACAAACCUGAAGACUAUGAACUUAAAGAACCGAUUGGUUAUGGCUCUUCUGCUGUCGUAUAUGCUGCGCUUUACAAACCAAGCAAUAGAAAAGUAGCAAUGAAGGUGAUUGAUCUGGACAUGUUUGAAAGAAACCAAAUUGACGAACUUCGACGUGAAACGGCUUUGAUGGCUUUAUCGAAACACCCUAAUGUUUUACGUGUCUAUGGCUCCUUUGUUAGUGGUUCCAAAUUAUAUAUCAUCACACCUUAUUUAUCUGCUGGAUCUUGUUUGGAUAUAAUGAAAACUUCUUACCCUGAUGGAUUUGAUGAAAUCACUAUUGCCACAAUUUUGAAACAAGCAUUGGAAGGAUUAAUCUAUUUACACAAGAAUGGUCAUAUUCAUCGAGAUGUCAAAGCAGGAAAUUUAUUGAUGGAUGAAUAUGGUUUGGUACAGUUGGCUGAUUUUGGUGUCUCAAGUUCUUUAACUGAAAAUAAUGAAGUUCGGAAAACCUUUGUUGGCACACCCUGUUGGAUGGCACCUGAAGUGAUGGAACAAGCUGGAUAUGAUUUCAAAGCAGAUAUAUGGAGUUUUGGCAUUACAGCUAUCGAAUUAGCUACUGGUCACGCGCCCUUUGCGAAAUAUUCUCCCAUGAAGGUACUUAUGAUGACUCUAUCUCAAGAUCCUCCCACUCUGUCUCGUGAAAAUGCCAAACACAAGUUCUCCAAAAUGAUCAAGGAAAUGAUUGAUACUUGUUUACAAAAAGAUCCCAAAAAAAGACCUACAGCCGAAAAAUUAUUACAACAUCCAUUCUUUCGACAAGCCAAAAGAAAGGAUUUUUUGAUGAAAAGUGUUUUGACUCAUGUACCAGCUUUGGAUCGUCGACCACAUAAAAAAGUCCCUCAAAAACAUAUCACUUUUGAAUCAACAGAUCAAUGGGAUUUCGAUACCCUUUCUGACAAUGAAGAUGCCACCAAAAACAUAACGACUCCUACAACUACUACUACUACAACAACAACAUCACCACCACCACCGCCCCAACCAACAACAACAACAACAACUGCAACUGCAACUGCAACAGAUGAUACUUCUACUUCUCCAACGACACCUGGAAACAAAAAGCAUAUCUCUUUUGGAAACGUUGUUAUCAAAUCAUUACCUCAACACAAUGAUAAAUCAUCUCCUAUUGAAGUACCUGAUUCAUCCACUUCCCCAUCAAGCAAAUCCACUUCUCCUGAUCUUAUUGUACCUACACCUCAUAGAAAAUCAAGGUUUGUCGUUGGCGAAAAUCAAAUCGAACAGCUUAAUGCAGCUCCAACAAAUCAACAUUCCAUGUCAUCUAUCAACGAACAAUCAAUACCACAACUCUCAGCCACUUUAUUUAGUCCAACUGAAAAGGAAGGUGUUGGCUUAGGUAUUUCUGGAGCCACUGCUACUCCACCUAUAUCAUCAUCAUCAACAUCAUCAGUUUCUGGUCAAGAAGUUAAGAAAGGUCGAUUUAGUGUCAAUCAAACCUCACAACGGACAGCCUCGGUAUCAACACCUUCUUUGGAAAGUGGUAAUUCGGAUUCAUCUAUACCUAGUGGGAAUACAACAACUGCCGUCAUCGCAAAGCCAACAGCUACGCCAAUAACAACGCCAUCGAUGGAUCCACAUGAUAUCAAAUCUACUCCAGUCGCUCGUGUUGGUAGUAGUGACAGUUUACGAAAAUCAAGAUUUGCUGUGCAUCAUUCUCCUAUGGCCACUACGGAAAAAGUAGUAUUACCUGAGUCUUUACCUCUUUCAAGAAAUCCAUCCGUCUGUGGUAGUUUACCCAAUGGUAAAGUCAGUCGAUUCUCUGUAGCAAAAGAUGAUUCUGGAACUAAAAAUGAAGGCACUUGGCAUGGACAAGAACCAGCUUCUAGUUUAUCAAGAGAAUCAAGUUUAUUAUCCCACGAUACUCCCAAUUCUACUAUCUUGUCAGAAGGUCGAAAGAAAGGUCGUUUCCAAUUAUCUGGUAUUGGUGAUAUGAAGUUCGAUAAGGAUUCUACUGGCUACAUGGAAUCACCUCAAUCAUCUGUAUCAUCUUACUCUCCAAACUCCUCUUUUUCCCGUGGUCAAUCUUCGAGAUUCUUUGAUCCUUCUGUACCAUCAAUGGUCUACUAUCAUAUGGAAAAUCUCUACAAACAAGCCGAAGCUCAAAAAGUUUUAUUGCACGAUAUGCUAUCUGGAUUGUCACUUCUCACUGGACAACAGCCUCCUUCUUCUUCUUCAUCCACCACGAAAUUCAAUAUAAAUGAUAACAAGGUUCAUGAUGGUGUGCGAUCACGUUCUGGCUCUCUCAGUAAUGAAAUUUCUCAUACUUUUGAUCAUCUUCAAUAUUUGCUUCAGGUAUCAUGCAAGGAAAGGGAACAACUACAAAAGGAAAAUGAUAGCUUGAAACGUGAAUUGGAUCGAUUAAGACGAUCGUUAGGAAACAACGUGCAAAGCAGCGGCAACAGACAAGGCUCGGCUACUCCAAACAUGGGAUCUUCGGCAAAUGAAGUCUCUUCCUUACCAACCAAAACGCCAUCAACCACAUUGGAACCUGUUGUCGAUCCAUUACCACCAUCUCCUUUGGAAUAUUUUGUACCUUCUCGCCCUCAUACCACCUCACCUUCUACAACAACACUAGACUCUGACAAACUAAAGUCUGCCAGUGCCACUACUCAUUUGCCAGGUGGAAGCUCCCCACUUCGAUCCAAUCAAGUUUCUGAUGAAUCCAUUGACAAUAAGGAAAAUGAUCUGAACAACAAAAACAACACAAGCGAAUCAACAACUUUGGAUUCUGGUCAUUCCUCCAUUCUUCCUACACCUUCUUCAUCUUACACCUGGGUGUCAAAAUCUACCAAUGCUCCGGAAGCAUUGCAUCAUGUGUCAUCUCCUUGAAUACUUUUAUGCCUGUUCAAAGCAGUACUUAGCUAGUCCCCCCCCUUGUAUAUAUAAUAUAGUUUGUUUAUUAUUAUUCUUUUUUACCUUUUAUCAAAACAAUGAAUCAAUAAAAAAAAAAACAGCCUUGACUACUACAUAUGUGAUUAUAAU